GCAGCUCUGAUGGUUUCAGCAGAAAAUCUGACAUUUAAUUCAUUAGAGAUUGAAACUGCUGAGACACACACACACACACACACACACACACUAUAACACACACUCUGUAAUGUACACAGAGCUCCUCCUCCUCCUCCUCCUCCUCCUCCUCUGUGCUGCAGUCCCUCUUCAGUCAGAUCAGAGCUGUUGCUGCUGCAGACAGGAUCCUGAACUGAUCCGGAUCAGACCACGUUCUGUUACUCAGACUGGGCUUCACAGGUUCUCCUAGUUCUCUGUUGGUUCUCCUGGUUCUCUGUUGGUUCUCCUGGUUCUCCUGGUUCUCUCCUGUUGUUGGAGUGAAGAGACAACAUGAGGAGGAGAGGAGGAGAACAGAAGAGUCCAACCUGAGGAGGAGAAAAGAUUCAGGAUGUCAGGUAACUGGUCAGUCCUGAGGCUGUCAUCACUGGCCCCACCCACCAGCCCUGUAGCCCCGCCCCCUCCCAACAGCUCCCAGCACCCCCUUUUUUCAGACUGGGAGGCUCCCACUUUCACCCGGGCCGCUCAGUUCCGAGUCGGAGCCACCUUGGUCCUCUUCCUGUUUGCGGCCUGCAGUAACCUCGCCCUAUUGGCCAGCGUGUGGCGUGGGCGUGGCCGUCGGUUGGCGUCUCACCUGCGGCCGCUGAUGCUGAGCCUGGCGUCGGCUGACCUGAUGAUGACGUUCAUGGUGAUGCCUCUGGACGCGGUGUGGAACGUGACGGUGCAGUGGUAUGGAGGCGAUGUGCUCUGUAAACUGCUCUGCUUCCUGAAGCUGUUCGCCAUGCACGCCUCUGCCUUCAUCCUCGUCGUCAUCAGCCUGGACCGCCAGCAUGCCAUCCUACACCCGCUAGAUGCUCUGAGCGCACACCGCAGGAACCGACGUAUGCUGCUGCUGGCCUGGAGCCUCAGCCUGCUGCUUGCAUCACCACAGCUGUUUAUCUUCAGGGCGAUCAGGAUGGAGGGCGUAGACUUCACUCAGUGUGCGACUCACGGCAGCUUCAGUCGUCGUUGGCAGGAAACUGUUUACAACAUGUUUCACUUCAUCACAUUGUACGUCGUCCCCCUGCUGGCGAUGAGCUGCUGCUACAGCCGCAUCCUGCUGCACAUCCACCAUCAACACCUGAGGGAGAAAGCAGGUGAGUCGCACCUGCGUCGCAGUGGCACCGACAUCAUCCCGAAAGCUCGGAUGAAGACUCUGAAGAUGACGGUGGUCAUCGUGCUGUCCUUCGUGGUGUGCUGGACUCCGUACUAUCUGCUGGGGAUUUGGUACUGGUUCCAGCCCGACAUGCUGCGCUUCACACCUGAGUACGUCCACCACGCCCUCUUCGUGUUCGGGAACCUGAAUACCUGCUGCGACCCUGUCAUCUACGGCUUCUAUACCCCGUCUUUCAGGGCCGACCUCGCCGCCUGCUGCCGCCGGACAUCGAGGGGCGCCAAUGCCUCUCCGCGAUCUCCGGACCGGCUGUCCGCCAGGCAGGGUCCUCACAGUGGAGAGCAUGAGUCGGACCCCGCCUCCAACAAUCAGGCAGGAGACUGACAACAACCAAUCAGAGGACAGAACUACAUCAACAGGACCAAUCAGAGGACAGAAGUACACCAACAGGACCAAUCAGAGAACUACACCAACAGGACCAAUCAGAGGACAGAAGUACACCAACAGGACCAAUCAGAGAACUACACCAACAGGACCAAUCAGAGGACAGAAGUACACCAACAGGACCAAUCAGAGAACUACACCAACAGGACCAAUCGGAGGACAGGACUACAUCAACAUGACCAAUCAGAGAACUACACCAACAGGACCAAUCGGAGGACAGGACUACAUCAACAUGGCCAAUCAGAGGACAGGACUACACCAACAGGACCAAUCAGAGGACAGAUCUAUAUGCCAAUUACCACCACAGACGUGUAGCUGCAGAUUUCAGUUUAAUAUUUAAAAUCCAGGUUUUUCUUUGGCGUGAUUUUUUUUAUUGUGUCUGUUCUUUAAAACAUAUUUGUCAAUAGAAUCAGAAUAAAGUCAUGUAACAGAG